AUGUGGCGCCGCCAUUGGCUCUGCAUCUUGCUAUGCCAGGGGUUCAGUAGUGCUCGGGAUGAUUGGCGGCCAGAGAGUGAAGGCGAACGCAGUGGCCGGAAGGCUUGCGAGCUCCGGUUCUUCCAGACCGACUUCGCGGCGGAGAAUUUUCAGAGCAAAUGGCUCAACCAGAAGAACAAGCUGGCCUUCAUCCAGUGCCUUUACCAUUUACGCACCCGCUGGCGGCAUCGGGAGAAAGAAAUCUUUGCGGGUGGCAUUCACUACCCAACGCUGGUUACGGCACACCACACGUGGCCACCGGUGUCAACCAGCGGGGCCAAGCUAUGCUGGUUGGACCAACUGGGUGUCCAUCGCAACAGCAUCGAGCCCAGUGACUGCUGCGACCAGAGGUACGGGCCAAAGGGUCGCCCUGACUGCUGGGACGAAUACUUCACCUACGAGUUGUGCUGCGUUGGGGACGUGAACUUGGCCGAGAUGCCGCACUACUUCGUGGCGCCGGCCUUCGACAUCAACGUGGGCAACGCGGUGCGACAGCUGGGAACCUUCGACCUGGGACAGUCCUAUGCCCUGCAGACGCUCUGCCGUAGCGGCGAUGUGGUCAUUGAUGUAGGUGCCAAUGUGGGUGGCUUCACCGUGCCCCUGGCGGAACGUGUGGGGCCUGAGGGUGAGGUGCACGCCUUUGAGCCAUUCCGCAAGGUGUUUCAGCACCUGAAUGCCAAUGUUGCAUUGAAUGGCCUCUCAAACGUGUACACCUACAAUGUGGCGCUUGGAACUGCAGAAGAAAAAGUCUUGGCAUAUGUACCCGAUCUGACCAACUUCAACUUCCCGUCUGCGAUUCGCGUCCUGGAUCAGUUUGGACCGGAGGCUGCCGUCUCUGAAGCCAACCUGCGUUAUGAGGAGCGACAAGAGACUCUUACUGUGCGUCGGCUGGAUGACUUCUCGUUCAGCCGCAGGGUUCAGCUGAUCAAGAUUGAUGUUGAGUUUAUGGAACUGCAGGUGGUCCUUGGCGCAAAGAGCACCAUCCUGCAGAACAAACCAUUGAUCUGGAUGGAGAACGAAGCCUACUUUGAUGAUCCCCCAAAUCGUACUUUCGUGGACACCAUGCAUCGAGAUCUUCGGUAUGUUUGCACUGCUGUUGCCAGGCUGGAGCUGUUCUGCGCUCCGGGAAAAGAAGCGCCCAACGGGGGGCUGGUGCAAGAUGACGGUUUGAUCCCUGCUGGCUUCCGACGUGUCUUCAGACAUCUGUCGGGCGAGGUGAAGGAUAUGCACCUCUGGCGAGCGCUCUCCGAGGUGGAUCCUGACUUCGCAGCGAAGUGA